GAUGUGACUGGUCUAGGAAGAUGCUGUGGCCAGUAUGCUGGAGUUUGCAGCCUCUCAUCCUCCGUGGUCUGGUUGAACGUCAAUUGCAUGCCCCAUCCCUUUAGGAAGCUCGUGUGGGUUUGAAAGCGUUUCAUGGGACUUCAUUGUUAGUGGAUCUUACCAGCUUGACCAUUAACGGAUCCAGGUGUCAGGCUGUCAACGGAUUCAUAACAGAAAAUGCUGGAAACACUCAGCAGGUCGGGCAGCAUCUGAGGAAAGAGAAGCAGAGCCCAUGUUCCACAUUGAAGACCAUCUGAUUACUGGAUGUGACAUGGAUGUUAUCUGAUCAACUUAAUGCUUCCAAAAUUUCCUAUGUUUAUUUCAGAUUUCCAGUAUCUGCAGUUUUCAGCUGAUUCAUUCAGCCUGCCCUUCUUCUGUGGCCACACUUAUACCAGGUGUUCCUGAGUGGGAAAAGAUAAAAGUUGCUUAGUUUUAAUGAAGAGAGUGCUCGCUCGGAGACCAAUCAGACUUCCUAGAGGUCGGAACAUUAGUGCAGAGCCAGCGGUGCCGUAGGGGGAAGUAUUGGUGAACUGGACCCUUUACAUGUGUCGUGUGUGUAAGGGGAAUGUUUCCGGGUGGUUGUAAUGGCCGCCGCUGGGAAGGAAAUCGGAGGAGGGAAGGAAAUCGGAGGAGGGAAGAUGGUCGGAGACUCGGAGUUUCUCUUAUGUUGGUGUCGGGAGGAGUUGGUUCAGAAGUUCGGUCUGGAAGUGAACGAGGAAUUGAUUCAGUAUAUUUUUGUCGAUUGAAAGUGCAGAAGAAUUGAAGAGUAUGUUGCUGACUUAAUACAAGGGACUGAUGGAAAGAAGCAGCUUUUCAUCAGCGAGCUGCUGAAAAGGUGGAAGCGAUCACGAGAAUCACCUACUCCUGGACAAGGACAGUUAUACAGAAAAAAAGAUGAUGUUCCAGAUUCAUCAAAAGCAAGUGACCAGCUCAAGAAGUCUAAGCGGAAAGGUCGGAACAAGCAGGAGCCGCUGCCUGUUCAGCAACAGCCUCUUGCUGAAGAGGUUAAAACACCCAUGGAUCUGUUGAAGGCGCAGGAGGCUAGUUCUUCAUCCAAGAAGAAGACAAAAUACUUGUCCCUGUACACACAAGAGGGUGAGGACAGACUCGCUGUGACCCUCCCAGGCCGCCAUCCUUGUGAAUGCUUAGGACAGACACACAAGCUUGUCAACAACUGCCUGGGCUGUGGCCGCAUUGUCUGCGUGCAGGAAGGAUCAGGACCCUGCAUGUUCUGUGGACUGCUGGUUUGCACAAAAGAGGAGCAAGAGAUUCUUAUCCGUGACUCAAACAAGAGUCAGAAAUUGCGCAAGAAACUCAUGGGGACUGCAGGUCCAGAUAUGUCUGGGAAUCCUGAUACCUCUGAGAGGGACCUGCUGCCCCAUCAGGAAGUGGUUCUGAAGGCUGGUCUGGAGAAAGCCAUUAAACACAAAGACAAGCUAUUGGAAUAUGACAAAACCAGCGCUCGUCGCACCCAGGUCAUUGAUGAUGAGUCUGAUUACUUUGCGGCAGACACCAACCAAUGGCUCUCCAAACAGGAGCGAGAUGCAUUGCGCAAGAAAGAUGAAGAAUUGAGGGAGCUGCGGCAUGCAUCCCGUCGGACAAAAAUGAUCACAAUAGACUUUGCUGGAAGGCAAGUCUUUGAGGAACAAGGAUCAUUGGAUCAGUACUACAGCAGACUGGAUGAAAUUGUAGAAGAAAUGAAGUCUGGAUCACAGAAUAGCACCUCCUCCAGCAAGUGGGACAAACAGAGCAAACAGCAACAGCAGUUGGGUGAAUUGGUCAACCCUAAUAUCAUUCAGUCUCCUCCUGUUUGGGUGGAACUGACUGGUACAGGCACUCAAAGGCGAGGGAUUGACAGCCACACGGAGAGCAGAAGCAAUGAGAUGGGCUCCGAGAGGUCUCGACUGAGGAUCCAAGACCGAGAGUUGCUGGAGAUAUCUGAUGAUGGGAUGUGCCUCAGUAUGCAUCAGCCGUGGGCUUCACUGCUUGUUAGAGGUAUCAAAAAGGUGGAGGGCAGGACCUGGUACACGUCACACCGAGGUCGGCUGUGGAUUGCGGCAGCUGCCAAAAGACCUUCGCCACAGGAAGUGACAGCAAUUGAAGCGACCUACAGAACAAUGUGUGGCAGAGAUAUUGAAUUUCCCAGGGAUUACCCGACUGGCUGCCUGUUGGGCUGUGUGGAUCUGAUAGACUGUGUAUCUCAAGAGCAGUACCAUGAGCAGUUUGCAGAUCAGGAGAGUCAUUCCCCCUUUGUAUUUAUUUGUACCAACCCACAGGAGCUUCUGGUGAAAUUUCCACUGAAAGGACGACACAAGAUCUGGAAAUUGGACUCCAAGAUUCAUCAAGGAAUGAAGAAGGCGUUAAUGCGACAAAAACAGAAUACAUAAUGGAAAGGAAACGAAACCAGGGAUCUGUCUUGAUUUGGAUUGCCUUGUGGCUGUGAAGUCCCAUAGCCGGUAACUUAAAAGUACAUUGUAAAAUCCAAGUCACUCUGCCAACAAUGUACAGUUCCAAAAUCUAACAACCUUCCACUGUAUUAACCAGCAGCCUGACACUGAUGACCCAGAUAUCUCAAAGCCUCAAUAUUUAAUAAUGAAAUUCAAAAACUUGGUAAUAAUAGAGAGAAGAUUGUUUAGAAACAUGCAUUGCAUUCCAGUAAUCCUGCCACCAGAUUUAGCAAUUCACAACUGUUCAACUUAUUUCAUUUGAUUAAAGGAGUUAAUGAUGUCUGAAACCUGUCUGCCUUU